AUGGCGCACUUGGGGGGAGUGCUGCAGCUGCGGUGGCGGCGGUGGGCGCUGCUGUACCUGCCGCUUCUGGUGUCUGUACACCUCGCGGCGCAGCUGCUGCUGGUGCACUGGAGUUCGCCGCUCGGACACUCUUUGCAGAACAGAUUUUUCGAAAGCAGCUACGGGCUGUUCAGCUACGAAGUGGGGGAGGCCCUCUGCAGCAGCCCGGAGUUGCUGCGGCCGCCCUCCCUGGUGCUGCAGCAGGCCCGCGAGCUGCUGCAGCAGCAGCAGCAGCUGCGGGCGGCGCUGCAGGCCGUGGGCGACGCGGAGCCGCUCCAGGUGUACGUACACUGGGCGCAGCGCUUCGCGCGCAGCAGCGCAGCGCAGCAGCUGCUGCUGCAGCAGCAGGCGCAGCAGCUGGAGGCUUCGGACUUCGUUUCUGGACUUGCUGGCCUUUCGGAAGUCCCCGGAGUGGACUUAACUCGGGAAAUGCUGACUGCUGCUUUCAUUUACUCCCAGUGCCGCAGCAAGGGGCUGCUGCAGCCCCCGCUGCUGCAGCAAAACGCCGCCGAACUGCAGCAGCAAAAAGAAAACUUGCUGCAGGCCCUGGGCGUGCACACGCAGCUGCUGCUGCCCUCGCGCUUCCUGGGCGACCCGCAGCGGAUCUGCUGGGGCUUCGAAGAAAAAGACCCGGACCCAAGCAGCAGCAGCAGCAGCAGCAGCAGCAGCAGCGGCGGCUGCUGCUGCCCGCCGCUGCAGCUGGCGCUGCAGCUGCUGCCGCUGCGGCUGCAGCGGUGGUGGGCCCGCGCGCGGUGGCAGUACCACUUCCCCGAGUACCUGCGGAAGCUGCUGACCAUUUGGAGACCAGUGGACCACUUCAUGCACCAGUUUUUUCGCCAAGACGCCAACGCCCUGCUGGCCCUCAUGAGUCCUUACUUGGAGCUGCAGCCGCCCGCGGCCCUCGAGCCUUCUUGCGGGGCCCCCAGGAGCUACUGGGUGCAGCCGCUGCAGCGCGAGCAGUGGCAGGCCCGCAGCAAGCAAGCCGCCACCCCUGCUGCUGCUGCUGCUGCUGCUGCUGCUGCAGGUGCUGCAGCAGGCGCUGCAGGAAGUGCUGCUGCGGCAGGUGCUGCAGGAAGUGCUGCAGCGGGCGAUGCCGCAGGUGCUGCAGCAGGCGCAGCAGCAGGUGCUGCAGCAGGUGCUGCAGCAGGGGCAGCAGCAGAUGCAGCAGCAGGUGCUGCAGCAGGUGCUGCAGCAGGUGCUGCAGCAGGUGCUGCAGCAGGUGCUGCAGCUGAGAAGCAAGGAAAAGGGGAGUCGGGGCUUUAUUCUCUUCCUGAAGAGCACGACAAUUACGUGCUGGUCGACGACUACUGCGAAGCCGCCCGCGAAGUUCACCGCGGCUUCUUUUCGGGGAAGCCGCGGCCUAAGCCGGUGAAAAUCGUCGACGCCGUGAUUUUGGGGCAAGUUGCAAAAAACUUCAAUUUAAAUUCAAGGGAUCGGCUGCGGCACUUGAAGUACUGCGAGCCGCUGCCGCAGAAGCAGUUUGGCUGGGUUUUGGUGCAUUAUCCGGGAAGAGUGGACGCAAUGGCAUUAAAGGACUUCAAAAAGAUGUCGGGAAUAAAAGAAACUCCUUUUCCGCAUGCAAUAGGGCCUCUGGUGGACACAGUGCCGUACAAGUCCAUCCGACACCUCGAGACCAAAACCGACUUCGUCUACGAAAGCCACGCGUACACCCGACACUGCCCCUCUUCACUGACACCCCACCGCUACCUCCACGGGGGCUGGCACCUUUCAGACACUUCUUACCUGCCGUACUUGUACGCGAAAGUGCCGUCGGACGACCUGAAGCCCGGCUACGAGCCUUGGGGCCUCUACGCGCCGCUGUUGGCCCAAAGAGGGGAAUUGGAUUCUCCACUUGGAGGCAUUUUGCAAGCCCAAGUGGCAGCUUGGAAGGACUUUCGAGACUACCGACAAGUCGGGUCUCUUUGCGUGGAUGCGAAGGAUGUGCCCGAGCAGUACAAAGAAAUCGGCUUCGGCUCGAUGCCGUGGGUCAUGCGCUGCAACCCCAUGCGGUAG